ACGGGCUGGAGGCCGGCGUCGGGGACCGUCGGGCUCCCGCGCUCCGCACCAGGUGUCCCGUCCGCCUCCAUCCUUCAGCGCGCAGCCCCGCGGCACCGAACCGCGCGGCGGCGGCUGCUGCGGCGGGCGCCGGGGUUGGGUGCGAGAACGUCCGGGGCCAGGUCUCUCCGAGGAUGGCUGUGAGGGAGACUCCUAUAUUGGACCCUAUGGCCUUCUGGACGGGAUCCUGGUGGCUGCUGACACGGACGCUCCUUACGCUGUCUGGUCUCCUGCAGGUAAUAGAGCUGGAGGCCGCAGCAGAGAAGUCUCCUGGAGCCUACUUCCUUCCUGAGUUUGCACUUUCUCCUCAGGGAAGCUUCCUUGAAGACACCACAGGGGAACAGUUUCUCACCUAUCGCUACGAUGACCAGACCUCAAGAAACGCUCAUUCGGAGGAAGACAAAGAUGGAAACUGGGACGCUUGGGGCGACUGGAGCGGCUGCUCCCGGACCUGUGGGGGAGGAGCCUCCUACUCUUUGCGGAGAUGUCUGAAUGGAAGGAACUGUGAAGGACAGAACAUCAGAUACAAGACAUGCAGCAAUCAUGACUGCCCAGCUGAUGCGGAAGACUUCAGGGCCCAGCAGUGCUCAGCGUACAAUGAUGUGCAGUACCAGGGCCAUUACUACGAGUGGGUUCCGCUGUACAACGACCCCACCGCCCCGUGCGCGCUCAAGUGCCACGCUCGGGGGCAGAGUGUGGUGGUGGAGCUGGCUCCCAAAGUGUUGGAUGGAACUCGCUGCAACGCUGACUCGCUGGAUAUGUGCAUAAGUGGCAUCUGCCAGGCCGUGGGCUGUGACAGACAGCUGGGAAGCGAUGCCAAGGAGGACAACUGUGGGGUGUGUGCCGGCGACGGCUCCACCUGCAGGCUGGUGCGGGGCCAGGCCAAGAUGCAUCUGUCUCCUGAGAAAAGGGAAGAAAAUGUGAUUGCUGUUCCCUUGGGCAGUCGAAGUGUGAGAAUUACUGUGAAAGGACCUGCCCGGCUCUUUAUUGAGUCAAAGACACUUCAAGGAAGCAGAGGAGAGCACAACUUCAAUAGUCCUGGGGUUUUUGUUGUGGAGAACACAACGAUUGAGUUUCAAAAAGGUGCUGAGAGACAAACCUUGACGAUCCCGGGACCCCUGAUGGCUGAUUUCAUCUUCAAGACCAGGUACACAGUGGCCAAAAGCAGCGUGGUUCACUUCUUCUUUUACCAGCCCAUCAGCCAUCAGUGGAGACAGACUGACUUCUUCCCCUGCACCGUGACAUGCGGAGGAGGUUAUCAGCUCAACUCUGCGGAAUGCAUGGAUAUCCGCCUGAAAAGGGUGGUCCCUGACCACUAUUGCCAUUACUACCCAGAGAAUGUGAAGCCCAAACCAAAGCUGAAGGAAUGCAGCAUGGAUCCUUGCCCAUCGAGUGACGGCUUUAAAGAGAUUAUGCCCUAUGACCACUUCCAACCUCUCCCUCGCUGGGAACACAAUCCUUGGACUGCAUGUUCGGUGUCCUGCGGAGGAGGGAUUCAGAGACGGAGCUUUGUGUGUGUAGAGGAAUCUAUGCAUGCGGAGAUACUACAGGUGGAAGAAUGGAAGUGCAUGUAUGCACCCAAGCCCAAGGUGAUGCAGACUUGCAACCUCUUUGAUUGCCCCAAGUGGGUUGCCAUGGAGUGGUCUCAGUGCACGGUGACUUGCGGCCGAGGGUUGCGCUACCGAGUGGUUCUUUGUAUCAACCAUCGUGGGCAGCACGUCGGGGGCUGCAACCCGCAGAUGAAGCUUCACAUCAAAGAGGAGUGUGUCAUCCCUACUCCGUGCUAUAAGCCUAAAGAAAAAAGUCCAGUGGAAGCUAAAUUGCCUUGGCUGAAACAAGCGCAAGAGCUAGAAGAGACCAGAAUAGCCACAGAAGAACCAAAGUUCAUCCCGGAGCCCUGGUCGGCCUGCAGCACCACGUGUGGGCCCGGCACCCAGGUGCGUGAGGUGAGGUGUCACGUGCUCCUCACGUUCACACAGACGGACACCGAGCUCCCUGAGGAGGAGUGUGAAGGCCCCAAGCCCCCCACCGAGCGACCCUGCCUCCUUGACGCCUGCAGUGACCAGAGCCCAUCUGUGUCUCAAGAGAUGGGUGGCCCUCUCCAGGGAAAGGACAGUGAGAUCACUUACGACUGGGAGUAUGCUGGCUUCACCCCCUGCACUGCGACAUGUUUGGGAGGCCAUCAAGAAGCCAUAGCUGUGUGCUUACACGUCCAGACCCAGCAGACGGUCAAUGAUAGCCUGUGUGACAUGAUUCACCGCCCUCCUGCGAUGAGUCAGGCCUGUAACACGGAGCCCUGCCCGCCCAGAUGGCACACGGGCUCUUGGGGACCCUGCUCAGCUCCCUGCGGUGUUGGAAUCCAGACCCGAGAUGUAUACUGCGUCCAUCCUGAGGAGUCGCCAGCCGCUCCGGAGGAAUGCAGAGAGGAGAAGCCUCACGCCUUACGAGCCUGCAACCAGUUUGACUGCCCUCCUAGCUGGUACAUUGAAGAGUGGCAGCAGUGUUCCAGGACGUGUGGCGGGGGAACUCAGACCCGGAGAGUCACCUGUCGCCAGCUGUUAACGGAUGGCAGCUUUUUGAACCUGUCAGAUGGACUGUGCCAAGGACCCAAGGCAUCGUCUCACAAGUCGUGUGCCAGGACAGACUGCCCCCCACAGCUGACUGCUGGAAACUGGUCAAAGUGCUCUGUCACCUGCGGCGUUGGGUUCCAGAGAAGAAAGCAGGUGUGUCAAAGGCUGACCGCCAAAGGCCGGCGCGUUCCCCUGGGUGAGGCACAGUGCAGGGGCCUGCCAGGCCUGCCCCUCGUGAGACCGUGCCAGAUGCCCGUGUGCAGCGAAGCAAAACUCGGGGCAAAGACAAGACUUGGAGAGCGGGGUCCCCAGAUCCUUGGUGUCCAGAGAGUGUAUAUUCAGACGAGGGAGGAGAAGCGGAUUAACCUGACCGUGGGCAGCCGAGCCUACCUGCUGCUUAAUACGUCUGUGAUCAUCAAGUGCCCCGUUCGCCGUUUCCAGAAAUCUCUGAUCCAGUGGGAGAAGGAUGGCCGUUGCCUGCAGAACUCUAAGCAGCUUGGCAUCACCAAGUCAGGCUCGCUGAAAAUCCACAGUCUUGCAGCCCCUGACAUCGGCGUGUACAGAUGCAUUGCCGGGUCAGCACAGGAAACGGUCGUUCUGAAGCUCAUCGGGACUGACAACCGACUCAUUGCACACCCGUCCCUCAGAGAGCACCUGCGGGGCCACCCUGGGGUGGACCACAAUGAAGCCAACAGUUUGGGAGCCACGUGGCAUAAAAUGCGCCAGAUGUGGAAUAACAAAAAUGAGCUUUACCUGCACGAUGGUGAAAUCAAUAACCAGCCUUUCUUGAGAGCUCUGUUGGGGCCGUGCAGGAACUCCGCAGGAAACGCUAACUUCUGGGAGCUCAAGAACAGGCAGUUUGAAGCAGCCAUGAAACAGGGAGCAUACAGCAUGGACGCCGCCCAGUUUGAUGAGCUCAUCAGAAACAUGAGCCAGCUUCUGGAGACGGGAGAGGCCAGUGAUGACCUAGCAUCCCAGAUGAUCUACCAGCUCGUCGCUGAGUUGGCCAAGGCUCAGCCCAUGCCUGUCCAGUGGAGGGGCAUCCAUGAGAAAGCUGCCCCCGAAGCUCAGCUCAGAGGGCAGACGGGAAGAGUUCCUCAAAGCCCCUCAGUAAAACACUCUGGCAAGCUGAUUUUUAAGCCAAAAGGACCUGUGAUCAGGAGGCAAACCCUACCCCCUUCAGUUUCCUUUAACAAGACAAUAACUGCAAGGAUUGGGAAUACAGUAUACAUUACAAAAAGCACGAAGGUCAUUAAUAUGCUUUGCAAUCUUAUCACUCCCUGCAGCGAGGCCACGUACACGUGGACUAAGGAUGGAGCAUUGCUGCAGCCCUCUGUGAAGGUCGCUUUGGAUGAAACGGGGAGGAUGCAGAUACGGAAUCCUACAAGGAACGAGCAAGGGAUCUAUGAAUGCUCCGUGGCCGGUCAUCUUGGCUCAGAUGUGGAAAGCUCAUUGGUGCUGUACGCGGAGGCACCUGUCAUCUUGUCUAUGGAAAGAAAUGUCACCAAACCGGAAUACAACCAUCUGUCUGUCACUGUGGGAGGCACUGUGGAGGCAGCCCUUCAAGCAAAUGUGACAAUCCACUGUCCAGUAAAAGGUGUCCCUCAGCCUAAUGUAACUUGGUUGAAGAGAGGAGGAUCUCUGAGUGACAAUGUUUCCUUGCUUUUCAAUGGAUCCCUAUUGUUGCAGAAUGCUUCCCUUGAAAAUGAAGGAGCCUACAUUUGCACAGCCACCAAUGCUCUUGGGAAAGCAGUGGCCACCUCUGUGCUCCACUUGCUGGAACGAAGAGGACAGGGCAGUAACAAUGCGUUUCCUAAGGCACACAGAAGGCGAGUUCUUCAGGCAUCCAACAACAGAGCAAAGAGUAACAGCUCAACAGGAGAGCCUCUGCCUCAAGAACCUUUUUGGGAACCUGGUAACUGGACGCAUUGUUCUGCCACCUGUGGCCCCUUGGGAGUCCGCCUUCAGAGGCCCCAGUGCGUGACGGCUAGUGGGCAGGAAGUGAAUGAAGCCCUUUGUGAUCCUCACAGGAAGCCGCUGGCUGGGUUUCAGUCCUGUAACACCCGGGAUUGCCCAGCAAGGUGGUUCACGAGUGUGUGGUCAGAGUGCUCUGUGUCUUGCGGUGACGGAUUUCACGGUCGGCAAGUGACAUGCAAGCAGACGAAAGCCAAUGGGACGGUACAGGCAGUGUCCCCCAGGGCAUGUGCUCCUAAAGACAGGCCUCUGGGGAAAAAAACGUGUUCUGCCCGUCCAUGUGCUCAACAGGCCGUCGGCCCAGGAAACCAGUGUCCUGGACGUUGCGUGGGCCAUGCCAUGAGGAUGCAGCAGCACCACACUGUUUGUGCCCACGACAGCUCCAACUUCAGCUGUGAGGGCAGAAGGAGACGUGCCUUUGGGAGAAACUGCACCUCAGGGCCCUGUGAGGCAUGUUGGCGUGUGGGGCCCUGGAAGCCCUGUUCAGCAGUCUGUGGCAGGGGCUUCCAGUCCCGCAAAGUCGACUGCAUUCACACAGCAAGCUGCACGCCUGUGGCUGACAGAUACUGUGCGCAGAUGAAGCCAGCUUCCUGGAGGCAUUGCCUUGGGCCUUCCUGUGAUAGUACGUACCCAUCUCAGGAGACUGCACGGACACAACUCACUACUGUGCAUUCGUAAAGCACCUUAAUCUGUGCUCUCUGGCCCUCUAUAAACAAAGGUGCUGCCAGUCAUGCCAAGAAGGAUAAAGCUUUGGCAAGGUUGUGAUGCUGCUGUGGUGAGAAAUGAAAACUAUCAAGGCUCUUUCCUUCAUGCCCCUGGUUCAAAGCCAUAUACGUCUUAAAGUCUCUAGAGCCUGUGCUCGAGCAGAGGUUGAUGCAGACACAGUGCCUGCUACAAUUUUGUAAAGUUACCUCUUCCAGCAGUUGGUUUUUAAUUCCAGUUUCCAUAAACGAUGCAUUCUAGGAUUAACAUAAAUUCAUCAGCGGCCAUGCCCUUGUACUUGGGCCCUCGUCAUGAGCACAUCAUCACCUCCUGUGAUUUGUAGACCAGCAAAUAGUGGCCCAUCCCAAAGAAUCUGUAACUGAGAACUUCUCUCAAGUUGUAGAGUUUCAACACAUUUGUGCAGUAUUUACUUUUUAAAGGCUCUGGUCAGUAGCUGUUCAGAUGUUGGCACUAACGGCAUUUUUACAGAUCCUUAUGUUUAUUAUGUGAAGAAGAGGCAAUCUCUCUAGACAGCUUGUAACACCAACUGAGCCAAGGAUUCGCCACAGAUGGCAUCUUGUCUUCACUCUUAAAGCACCUAUGGAAGAAAACAUAGUAGACAUGGCUGCUAUUUUCAUAACUACAGAAAUCUAUCUGUGACCAAAUGAGGCAUCUUGAAAAUCAAAGAAGAAAACCUGACCUUUUCUACUGAUUUGAUUUGAAGUAUAUUCAAAGCUUCCUUUUAAGAGCUGUGAAUGAAACUUUUUCUAAGUACUGUUCUCUUGCACACAGAGAUCAAAGCCUUAUUAGAUGUAAUUUAUGCAUACAAUAAUAUUCCUGAGGAUUUUAUUUUGGAAAGUUUAUAUGAAAGUAACCUAAAUAAGAAACAUGAUAGUUGAAAGAAUUGUUUAUGGUAAAUGAUUAUUUUAAUUUCAGCUGAUAUUGUCAAUAAAAACAAAGUCCAUUAGGAUGAGGGUGGAAAUGACAAUUUGGGGGUUAGGAGCUCGAGCUGGGAUUUGGGUAGUGCUUUGGGGAAGAAGGGCUGAAUUUAUUUUGGACUAGCACUCGGAUUCAGUUAGGCGAGAAAAGAAGUUACACUAUGGCUAGGACUAGAUCUGACUUUAAGGUUAGGGCCAGUUUAGGAAGGGGUUGGCCAAUGCUGGUGUUUGCAACAUUGGAGUAAAUUUUGCUGCUGAGAAAGGUUCAGGCUUGCAUUCAAUUUUAACUCCUCCAACUGAUUCGACUAUGGGGACCUUUCCAUGGCAUUUUCCCAGUUGUGGCUUUAGAUGCUACACAACCCCAAAUCAGUGAUCCUGGCUUCUGUACCCAGUGUCUGGGAUGCUCACACACACAGUGCCCACAGCCUCCUGGCACGCAACCUUUCCUGAGGCAGGUUGUGUUGGACCUACCUCCUGAUCAGCAUGUGAACAGCACACUGUGGCUUUGGGUCUGUCUGGAGAGAAGCUUGCCGAGCCUCUCUGCCAUCCUCUAAACACAGGUCUCUCUCACAUUCCAACUUCAGCCUCACCGACACUGGGAUGAACACUACUGUAGGUGGAGGGUUUGGUGGUCUGGAACAAACAGGGGAAAGGAAAGAGCACACCAGCCCUUGAGUUGUUAGUCAUCAAUCACAUUUGAUUGCUGAACUUAUUAAAUUAAAAGAAAGAUCACUUGUAAAAUACUCUCUGUAUAUAUUUAUUAUAUGACUAAAAAGUGCAAUAUUUUAUUUUGUACAAUAUGUAAUAAAGACAUGGGACAUAUAUUUUUCAUACUAACAAAAUUUCUUAUUAAACUGCUUUACCUUUGUAUUUAAGGUUAAAAGAACGAAUUUUCAGUUGUUAUUGUACUUUUGUCUUGUUAACAUCCAAAUGGCAUUCCUGUGUACUGUAUUUUACUACUGUUUUUUAUAACAUAAGAGAUAAUGUUUCCCUUUGAUGAUCCUUAAUUCAAAAAUAAAUUCACUUUUAGUAUCCAAUGGCAUCCUUAGUGGCUUCUCUGUGUUGUGUUUUUGGUAGACGUUGGACUGCCCCUUUGUUAGUCCAGGAGGUCCCUUAGGGAGUUUGCUAUUCCCGAUUGUCCUCUGUACGCAUUACAAGAUUGAGAAAGCACAGAAAUUCACACCGAUUCCAAAUCUCAGUCCUCUAUGUCUUUGUGAAUUUAUGUCUUUGUCCAUUGUGUCUUUGAAAAAUGCCAAUGGCAAAAUAAGUAGAAACCUGGAUAGAUAACUGACAGGCAGAGAAGUAGGUGACAAGUCUGUCGAGAGCAAGGCAUAGUAAUUCUUUGUAUUUUUGGAAGACUUGUUUUAGGCUCACAGUAAAUUUGAGCAGGAAGUACAGAUUUCAAAAUAUGCUUUAUCUCAUAACAUGUGCAAACCUCCCCUACUAGCAAU